UCCCCGCCCACCGUGGCCGGACCUUCAAGUCCCGAGGCCCGAAUACGCAGGGCGGAGACUGUGCGGACAUGGAGUUGGGUCUCGCGGGCCGCCGGGUGCUGGUCACCGGGGCGGGCAAAGGUAUCGGGCGCGGCACGGUCCAGGCGCUGCACGCGGCGGGCGCGCGGGUGGUGGCUGUGAGCCGAACACAGGCGGAUCUUGACAGCCUCGUCCGCGAGUGCCCGGGGAUAGAGCCCGUGUGCGUGGACCUGGGUGACUGGGAGGCCACCGAGCGGGCGCUGGGCAGCGUGGGCCCCGUGGACCUGCUGGUGAACAACGCCGCUGUCGCCCUGCUGCAGCCCUUCCUGGAGGUCACCAAGGACGCCUUUGACAGAUCCUUUGAAGUGAACCUGCGUGCGGUCAUCCAGGUGUCACAGAUUGUGGCCAGGGGCUUAAUAGCCCGGGGAGCCCCGGGGGCCAUCGUGAAUAUCUCCAGCCAGUGCUCCCAGCGGGCAGUAACUAACCAUAGCGUCUACUGCUCCACCAAGGGUGCCCUGGACAUGCUGACCAAGGUGAUGGCCCUAGAGCUCGGGCCCCACAAGAUCCGAGUGAAUGCAGUAAAUCCCACAGUGGUGAUGACCCCCAUGGGCCAGGCCAACUGGAGUGACCCCUACAAGGCCAAGACUAUGCUGGACCGAAUCCCACUUGGCAAGUUUGCUGAGGUAGAGCACGUGGUGGACGCCAUCCUCUUUCUGCUGAGUGACCGAAGCGGCAUGACCACGGGUUCCACUCUGCCGGUGGAAGGGGGCUUCUGGGCCAACUGAGCUCCCUCCACACACCUCAAACCCCAUGCCGUGCCCGUCCUACCCCCAAUCCCUCCAAUAAACCUGAUUCUGCUGCCCAG